GAUAAACCUGCCGUCUUGUGUUCAUAGAAAGCAGCUUCGCAUAGCAGCCGCUCUCUCUAUCUCUCUGUUAAUAUACAUACACAGCAUAAUAAUUUCGAAGCAUAAAUAAAUAAACUUAUUGAUAAAUUGGAAAAAUGGCAAAAGGUGAUGAUGCUGUGGCGAAAAAGAAGAACAAAGAAAGAAGAAAGAAGAUGCAAAAAGAGGGUUCAAGUGUGUCAGCUCGUGUUGCUUCCAUUAUAGCUGCCAAAAAGCGCCGUUUAUCUGGAAAACGCCGGAUGUGCCAGGGAAUGUGUUUUAGCCUUCCUACACUAGAUGAUCCAUUCAAUGACAGGAAUGGUAAACUGGAGUUCCAAAAAAAGGAAACGAAAAAUAAGCCUUCGGCCCGAAAGAAUGAGAAGGCAUUUGUCAAGGGAAAGAUGAAGGGUAUAGAAAAUGAUAAGGCUAUGAGUAUGGGCUCAGAGAUUAGAAAGUCACUUAUUUCUAAUAACAAUUUAGGGAUCGACCAGGAAAAAGCAAAAGUGCAGAUGAAUGGAAAAGCCGGACGUGGACGUCAAAGACAGGCCCGGGAGAACAUGGAUUGCCCAUCAAAAUUUCUUAUGUAUAGCUUGAAUGAAAUAGAGAAAGCCUUGCGACAUGAGGGAACCUAUAAUGAUGAUGAGGACGAGUCGUUGUUUGUUAGCCCUUGGGGAGUUGAGUUUUUGAAAUGUUAUUCGACUGGAAAAGAUAUAUUGGAGACAAGUGGAUCUUCAUGCACUACUGAGCAAAUUGCAUGGGUAGUUUCCAUGGCUGCCGAUAUUAUUGUAAGAAAGGAGGAAGAAGAUUUAUCAGUACCUAGUCCAUCUUUUCUAUUUCUUGUACCAUCCCAAGAAGAAGCUGUCAAGGUACGUAUGGUGUGCAAACCUCUGAAAGCUCUUGGCAUACAUACAGUGAGCGUACAUCCUGGUUCCUCCAUAGAUCACCAGAUACAUGGUUUGGCGAGUUGUGAACCUGAAUUUCUUGUGUCCACACCUGAUAGACUUUUGGAGCUUGUUUCCCUGAAGGCUAUUGAUAUAUCAGGGGUCUCCUUUUUGGUUGUUGAUGGAGUGGAAUCUCUUUAUAAUGGUGGUUGCCUUAACGCCCUUAAAUCCAUUAGGCAAUCUAUUUCUGGAAGUCUUCGUACUGUGGUUUUCAACAAUUUCUUUAGUGGUGCUUGUGUUCCGGUUCUACAGAAUCUUCUCCUGGGAUCAAUUUGUAGAUUAUCGAUCGAUCAAUCUAUCCCCAUUCAAAGUGCAUGCAUUGUUCAGACAAUAAAUCUGUGCACUUCCGAGGAAGAAAGACUUCUAAAGAGUAUACAAGUUUUGAAUGAUGCUUGUGGCAGCCAACUCUGCUCCCAGCCUUUAAAGGUGCUAUAUGUAGUUGGAAAUGAUAACAGCUCUUUCAAUUUAGUCAAGAUGCUUGAAAUCAAUGGUUAUACUGUUUCUGUGGAAUCAAAUCGCAGUAUUUCAAAUGAUGAUAACAGCCUGGAUACGAAUAUCAGAAUGAAACCUGUGGUCUCUGUGAUCAAUGUGGAGCGCAUUUCUACCACCAAUUUAGCUUUCUAUGAAACUGUAAUCUUACCCAACUUCGUGCCAUCAAUUGAUAAUUAUGUUCAAAUCCUCACGAGAAUGGCUAGGCACAGUAUCAAAGGCAACUUCCAUAGCUUUUUGACCAAAGAAGAUGCACUGAUAGCUAGACCACUUAUGGGAAUUCUGGAGCAAUGUGGGCAGGCGGUGCCUGAGGCCUUAAGAAACUUGCAUCUCACAUCAUCCGUGCCAGAAUCAUGAAGCUUGGAUGUUCACUCAUCAUCACAUCAUUCUCAAGAUUCUAGAAUGUCUUUGCCAGAAGCAUAUGGUGCAACAUCAGUACCAUGUUUCUAUUACUCGAUGGCAAUAUGCCUGGUUUUGCAAUGUGCAACAUUCUCACACAUUGGGUGUAGCAAGCCACAAUGGCUGUGUUGGUGAAAAUUUGUGAACAUGUUUUAGUUUCUUUUGAGUUGGCUCAGUCUCUUGGUGGUUACCUAACAGAAUGAUGUCCCAAUCUUUGCUCCUGAAUGUGCACUCCCCAUCAUUUUUCACACUCAA